AUGAAGAAAGUGAACGAGCUCUCGACACUAUGCGGUAUCACUGCUUGUGCCAUCAUCUACAGUCCAUACGACUCCAACCCCGAGGUGUGGCCAUCGAACGCCGGUGUGCAAAGGGUAAUCUCGGAAUUCCGGACGUUGCCGGAGAUGGACCAACACAAGAAAAUGGUGGACCAAGAGACCUUUCUCAGGCAAAGGAUAGCCAAAGCUUCCGAGCACUUGAAGAGGCAGAGAAAGGACAACAGGGAGCUGGAGAUGACUGAAGUCAUGUUCCAAUGUUUGGUCGGAAACAUGGGGAUGUUUCAUCUGAAUAUCAUGGAUCUUAAUGAUUUAGGUUAUUUGAUUGAUCAAUAUCUUAAAGAUGUUAACCGCAGGAUCGAGAUCAUGCGGAAUGCUGGUAUGGAGAUCGGAGAAUCUUCCAAUGCUGCGGCUGAGGCUGAGGCUCCUGCUGAAGGGACUGACUCUGGCUUGAUGGCGAUUGUACCGGCUGCAACCACUCCAGCUACUACGGUUCACGAGGUGGGUGCUUCCUCCUCAUCCGCGGCUGCCAUGGCUUUCUUUAACCCUAUUCAGCAGCAACAUCACCAGCCUCAGCCUCAACACUUCCGUCUUCCGGCGGCUCCACAUGCUGGCUUCUAUGAGCAACCACGGGGUCUCAAUCUGAAUCAGAGUCAUCUUCAGAACCAACAACAAUGGUUUAUGGAAAUGAUGAACCAUCCUGAGCAAAUGAGUUAUGCGGCUGAGCAAAUGGGUUUUCCGUUCAUGGAUGAUAACCAACACCACCGCAACCACCACCACCACCACCACCAACCCCAGCAGCAGCAGCAGAACUCCGGCGAGUCUUCCGCCGCUCCGACCACCGUCAGCUCAAGCAGCAUCGUCCCUGUUACGAGUCCUAACUUUACCAAUAAUAUUUGGUUCCGUUAG